AUGCGGUCCAUCCUUCCUGUCCCGACUCCUCCUCCAGAGACUUGUCCCUACUCUCGACCUUCAUCUACUGAAGCCUCUGCCGAUGUCAUCCCUCUUCUCGUCGACGACACGUACCACGCCUUUCACCUUACAACACCUCCUUCGACAAGACAUCACCCCGAGCGUCUAAGAUCAUCAUGGUCACGGCUGCGAUCAACAAACCUUGUCGAAUGGACGAGGGACCCGGAAUUUGUCCUGUCGCCUGGGGAGUCUGAUCUCGAUGAUGACGCCGACGGAGCCUGGACGGGCUCUGCCAUACUCGGUCCGGACGAGAAUAUGAACAUAUUUUAUACUGGCUACAAUUUAUCUCAAAACGGCCGACAGACGAUACUUCGGAUAAAGGCGACGGAUCGACACGGCUCGAGAUUCCAGAGGCCUGCGAAGCCUAUAACCAUUCUCGGCGAGGGGCUCACACGGUUCGAGGAAAUUGACUUUCGCGACCCUUUUGUCAUGUACAACCGGGGUGAAGGUCGAUACUGGAUGCUCGUGGGUACUCGUCUCUCCAGCGGUCCAUACUGGAGUCGCGGGUGCAUUGCCUUGCUCACGUCUCCUGAUCUUGAAGCCUGGACUGUAGCUCCAGAGCCACUAUACGCGCCCAGUGACGUCUUCUGCCCCGAAUGUCCAGAGCUCUUCUCUCUGCCGAAUGGCAAAUGGUACCUCGUGUACUCGCGGUUCCACGCCCCCAACGCCGGCACCGUAUACCGCAUCGCCGACACACCCCGGGGACCGUUCCGUGUUCCACGAGACGGUUCCCACGGUCGCCUCGACGGUCGACGCUGGUACGCGGCCAAGUCAUGUCCCAAAGCGGGCAACCCAGACAAGAGGGUCUGCUUCGGCUGGAUCGGGGACUAUGUCGACGACGAGAACAAAUGGCUCUGGGGAGGUGAUCUCGGCGUCACCAGGGUCAUGUGGGCAGACACAAACGCCUGUCUCCGCAUAGACGCCUCGCAAGAGUUUAGGAGCUACAUCUGGCAGACAUCAAGACCCGUGUCCCCCAGCAACGCAGCUCCAAACCUAUACCUCUGCUCCCUAGGAUCGACGGCCACGCACUUUCCAGAGCUAGGCUCUGCGGAGUGGAGGAGAGAUCUCAUGGUGGACUUUAAAGUUGCGGCUUGUGAUGCUCACAGCUUCGGUGUCAUGCUUCAGACUGACGGCUCUGGAAAGGGGCACAGGCUGCAGUUUAGUCCCUCGGGAAACGGCUUGUUUUCUGUUUCUCUGAUUACAGAUUUUCCUCCCCUCGAUGACUUUUGGGCGGACCAGUAUCGCCUCCACCUCCCUAGACCUAUCGACGGGCCCGAGCUGGUGCGACACGAGAGUCUAGUGGAAGCUUUCUGCGGAGGGCGAGCUUUGAGCUUUCGCCUCCCCAUACCUGCAUCUUGGACGGAGAAUAGCCGAGAGGGCGUCCGCCGGUUCGGGUGGUUUGUGGAGGAUGGCAUGGUUGACAUUGUCGACAUGUGUAUGCGACACUCCAUGGGACUCAAAGACCUAUCAGUCGAGUCGGACAACGGUCUCGAGGACGCCGAGUAA